AUCUCGCAAAGGAAUGCCAUGCCAUUGAACUACAACUUGCAAAUAGAUCUAUUUGAUGUCUGGGGAAUCGAUUUCAUGGGACCAUUUGUGAACUCACAUGGAUUUGAGCAUAUUUUGGUGAUGGUGGACUAUGUUUCAAAGUGGGUUGAAGCUAUGCCAUGUCGGAAGGCAUCAACGGAGGAGUCCAUAAACAUGAUUAAAUCGGUAAUCUUCCCUCGAUAUGGCGUCACGAGAAUAUUGAUAAGCGACGGAGGAACACACUUCACGGGCAAAGACUUUGGUAAAUGGUUGAAGAAAUUGGGAAUUGAACAUAGAGUGUCCACGGCUUAUCACCCCCAAACAAACGGACAAGCGGAAACUUCGAACAAGCAAUUGAAGGAUAUCUUAAAGAAGACCGUGGUAAAAGGAGGAAAAGAUUGGUCGAAGAGACUAGAUGAUGCACUAUGGGCAUAUCGUACGACACACAAAACCCCGAUUGGUAUGACUCCUUAUCAAUUUGUUUAUGGAAAAACAUGCCACUUGCCGGUUGAGCUAGAACAUAAGGCGUAUUGGGCAAUGAAGGAGAUGAACUUUGAUGCGGAAGCCACUGGAAUUAAAAGGAGAAUCCAAAUAAGCGAAUUGGAGGAGUUAAGAUUGAAAGCGUACAAUAGUGCAUCAAUUUACAAAGAAAGGAUGAAGAGGUGGUACGACAAGCGAUUACAAAACAAGGAAUUAAAAGAAGGAGACAAGGUCCUACUCUACAAUUCAAGAUUCAAACUCUUUGGCAAAGGAAAAUUGCAAAGCAAAUGGGAUGGACCGUAUAUCUCGCAAAGGAAUGCCAUGCCAUUGAACUACAACUUGCAAAUAGAUCUAUUUGAUGUCUGGGGAAUCGAUUUCAUGGGACCAUUUGUGAACUCACAUGGAUUUGAGCAUAUUUUGGUGAUGGUGGACUAUGUUUCAAAGUGGGUUGAAGCUAUGCCAUGUCGGAAGGCAUCAACGGAGGAGUCCAUAAACAUGAUUAAAUCGGUAAUCUUCCCUCGAUAUGGCGUCACGAGAAUAUUGAUAAGCGACGGAGGAACACACUUCACGGGCAAAGACUUUGGUAAAUGGUUGAAGAAAUUGGGAAUUGAACAUAGAGUGUCCACGGCUUAUCACCCCCAAACAAACGGACAAGCGGAAACUUCGAACAAGCAAUUGAAGGAUAUCUUAAAGAAGACCGUGGUAAAAGGAGGAAAAGAUUGGUCGAAGAGACUAGAUGAUGCACUAUGGGCAUAUCGUACGACACACAAAACCCCGAUUGGUAUGACUCCUUAUCAAUUUGUUUAUGGAAAAACAUGCCACUUGCCGGUUGAGCUAGAACAUAAGGCGUAUUGGGCAAUGAAGGAGAUGAACUUUGAUGCGGAAGCCACUGGAAUUAAAAGGAGAAUCCAAAUAAGCGAAUUGGAGGAGUUAAGAUUGAAAGCGUACAAUAGUGCAUCAAUUUACAAAGAAAGGAUGAAGAGGUGGUACGACAAGCGAUUACAAAACAAGGAAUUAAAAGAAGGAGACAAGGUCCUACUCUACAAUUCAAGAUUCAAACUCUUUGGCAAAGGAAAAUUGCAAAGCAAAUGGGAUGGACCGUAUGCUAAGGAGUGCCAACAGGCCCCGUUCACCAAGCCUGGACAAGAACUGGUUCAGUGA